UCGAAGAAAUAAAAAGAACUUUGCAGACAUGAGCAAGAAUUCAAAAAAAAUUGAAUCUGAGCAAGAAAAGUUGACAGAAUCGUUUAGUGUUGACCAGGAAUGAAUGACAUUAAGGCUGGUUCGAGCAAUAUCACUAGGAACUCGGAUGAAAUAAGUACCUUAGGAAACUAUUCAAACAACAGAGAGUAUAGACCUUACUGUGAGAUGGACGAAUAUUCUGAAGAGAUUAUGCCUAAGAACUCAGAAAGCCAGUUUAAAAAUCAAUUAAACCAUAUUCAUUAUCAAUGUCGUAAGGAAAAUAGAGAAUUGUAUUACAAGCAGCGCUCACAAUCAGCUCCUGAAUGUUGGAUUCUUCAAUGCUCGCAAAGAAAUCAGACGCCACAGUACCAAACACUUAUAUCAAGAAAGGAAAAUUGCACAGAAUAUACCACAUAUCCUGAAAACGUACUUGUGCUUCAGGAUGAAACUUGUGAAAGCGAAUCAAAUGAAUGUGUACUGGUAAUGGAUGACAAUGAAACUUCAAAUACGAGGUGUUGUACGUGUAAAACUCCGGAUUAUAGUAUCAAUGCCGACAUUUUAAAGCAACUCAGGGAGCAAGAACGGCUUUUUAAUCAAGUUCAGGAUAUUACCAUUAUUCCCGGAAACAAUCAGUGCCCAAUUGACUUUGAAAUUUCACCCCAAGAACAAGAAAGAGAUAUCACACCUUUAGUGCCCGUUCCUUAUCGUAUGAAUGAGAGGGAGCUGUUUAAUGUUUCCCGAUCGAACGAAUGGAGAGAUCAAGGGGGGAACUUUACUAAGCUUAAACCCAAACAAUUUCAAGUGGCACCAAAAACAAAUCGGGUUCCUCCCAAAAUUUAGUAAAUGGCAAAAA